GACGUGCACAUGCCAAAUCCUUCAGAAAUGGGUUGUUGUAGUAAUAUUUUCGUCGAUAUUUUUAUGUUUGUUAAAAUGUUAAUCCUUAGCACGAAGUUCCUACUUUCGGAGGCUUUCAGUUCCAUUCGACCAUUAGAAGAUCCAUUGAAGAGAGAAAAGGAAUAUGCUGUCAUCACAGGUGGAAAUCGUGGUAUUGGAUGGUACACUGUUAAAGGGCUAGUUGAAUCUGGAAUGAAAGUGAUUGUUGGUUGCAGAGAUGGUCCAAGCAAAGACCUAUUGCUGAAAUCUGUAGAGAAAGCUGGAUUCCCAACUGGUUCAGUAGAAUGGAUCAAUCUAGAUGUGUCAUCUAUGGAUUCUGUUCGAUCCUUUGGACAAGCCAUUCUUGAUAAGAAUGUCCCCAUCAGCCUUUUGAUAAACAAUGCUGGUAUUAUGUUUACACCUUUCAUGCUGACAAAAGAUGGUUUUGAAUCACAAUUUGCUGUCAACUAUUUGGGUCAUUUCUUGUUGACUCAUCUACUUAUGCCACACCUCUUAGCUGCUGGAACAAAAGAUCAACCAGCAAGGAUCAUUAAUUUGUCAUCAACAGCCCAUGCCUUUGGCUGGUUUGAAAUCAACGAUCUUCAGGCUAAAUCUCAUUACAACAAAAUAGGUGCCUAUUCACAAUCAAAAUCUGCUCAAAUUAUGUUUACCAAGAUCUUGGAUGAGCAGUUGUCCAGUGAAAACAAGCCGGUGAAAGUUUAUGCUGUUCACCCUGGAUUUAUUCGAUCGAAUUUGUAUACGCAAACAUGGUACACAAAAUUUGUUUCCCUCACAAUGGGUUUCAUGUUCAAGACUGAAGAACAAGGUGCCCAACGCGUUUUGUACUUUUCCUUGUCACCGCAAGUAGAAGACUUAAAUGGCGAAUAUUUUGAAAAUUGCGAAGUGGUCAAACCGAUAACGCUGGUUCGUAACCGAGAGACUCAGAAAAAAUUAUGGGAAACUUCUUGUCAACUACUUGAUAUCUCUAAGUUUGGGGGCUUGUAGUAUUUCUUUCAUUUCUUUUAUCAAUCCUGUAUUUGUUAACUAGGAUUGUUCGUGGUGCUGAUAUAAUCUAUUGGUUAAUUAAUAAAUGGGAACAUUAUCAAA